CGGGCACCUGUGAUAGCUGCGGCCGAGCUCCCCACCCCUUUCACGCCUCGAGGGAGCUCGCCCCGCUGGCCUGGCGCGUGUGUUAAGGCUCCGGCUUCUCGGGGACCUUCGAAGAGAAGGUUGACCCCCCCAACCGGCCUCUUCCCCUCUCAGCCGUCUGACUCCUCUCACCAAUGUUCAGUGCCCUCAUAUUCCAUGCUUUCACUCCGCUCGGAAAGGGACCGGAGAGAAAUUUACUUCUCGCUUCCCGAAAAGACCCCCUGUGUUUCGGGGUGUGGGGCGCAGCUAGGAGGCCUGGCGCCCUUUUGAGCACGUUCUGUGCCCAGCAGUAUCUCCCAGACCAGCAACCCCCGACCCUCCAGUCUCCAUGUCUUAGAGAAGCCAAAUUCGAGGGUUAUAUAAUUUCUAGUGCUGCUGUUUCCACUGCCUGAAGAAACACUUCAUCGCGUGGAGGGUGCAGGACAUUCUGUGCUCUUCUGUAUGAGAACGGGGUGUGGGCAGGGGUAGCCAACGCUAGUAGCAGAGAUUUCUUGUCUUUUUUACAAAAGGAAGGUGGGUAGUUUGGAGAGAGACUGAGAGAAAGGGUGGAUGUGGAAGCCAAGCGGCCGAACUCUCUCAUUUGGGAAAUCGCCAACCGUUUGCCAGCUUGUGCUCACAUGCCUAAUACUACUACAGCGUUUCAGAAAACACCUUUGCGGGAAGGUUUGACUUCUCUGGAAUAGUCUCAGUGUUUUUCCUUGCUGGAUAGGCAGCUGCUUGGAUGCGAAGAAAUGGCAUGAUGUGAAUGACUCCAGUGUGAAGAAAUCUGCUUCGCCAACUCAUCCUGCAUCAAGUGCCCAUUGAGUAGCACUGUCACUUUAAUGUCUCCAUGCCAAGGGAUUGCUUUCCUUCUUUUCAAUCCUCUCGGUUAAUACAUGGGAGGAUGAGAAUCAGAGGGGGCAUUAAGGAUCAAGCCUGAGGGGCUUGGAGAGCACAGAAGAAAAAAAUGGAAGUGACAGCAAGCUGGAUCCUAUCUUACUGAGGGGUGAGAUCUGGAACUUCUGGUCCAGUAAAUAGAAAGGGCCUUUCAGUCUGUGUUCUGCUCCGGAAAACUGUUCAAACUCACCCACCUUUUUAAAGACCAGAGUCAAAGAAAUUUUCAAAAGUAUUUUUUUUGGGAGUGCCAGGGGUGGUGUUUCAAUUUUUCUCUAAAGAAUUGAGAAUCUUUAUCGUCAAUCAGAUCAAAAUCUUCGAAUUUUACCAUGUAUUGAGUAAUGAAACAGCUUUGUAAAUUUGGUUUGUGCCUUAAUUGAGUUAGUCAUUGAACUCCAAAAAUGUUGCUGCCUGAGGAGGAAUUUUAAUAACGUUUUCUACGCUUACAAUAGUUUUCUGAGCUUCUAAAAAACCUAAAUAUUUUAUAAAAAAUUGAAAAACUCAAGUUACAUUUCUCUAAACUCUGUGGGCAGUGUGAAAAGUUUAAUUGUGGAAAGACACACUAUUUUUUCUUUAUCAGAAAGAGAAGACAGCCUGGAUUUCAAAACGAAAUAGGUGAAGUGGUUUGUAACAGUUACCUGGCUCUUGGCCUCAAUCCAGUUGGAUCAAGUUGAGACCUGAAAAGAGAUCUUGAGUCCUGUGGCAGUGGAAACAACCAAGAAUGCCAGUCAAGAAGAAAGAUACUGACCGAGCUUUGUCAUUACUAGAAGAAUACUGCAAAAAAUUAAAGAAACCAGAGGAGCAGCAGUUGAAAAAUGCUGUUAAAAAGGUGAUGGGCAUCUUUAGGAGCACCUUAUUCCAAGCUUUGCUAGAUAUUCAAGAAUUUUAUGAGGUGACAUUGCUGAAUUCUCAAAAAAGUUGUGAGCAGAAGAUAGAAGAAGCCAAUCAAGUUGUACAGAAGUGGGAGAAGACAUCUCUUCUUGCUUCAUGCCAUGAUAACCUCCAAAAGUCUACAGAGCUUACAGGUUGCAGUGGACCAAAGGAAAAUGUUUCAUGUAUUGAACAAAAUAAAGACAAUCAGUGUUUUGAAAAUGAAACUGGCAAGAAGACCAUUCAAAACCAAGGCAAAUGCCCAGCCCAGAACUGUUCAGUGGAAGCCCCUGCUUGGAUGCCUGUUCACCACUGUUCUAAGUAUCGAUAUCAAGAUGAGGAUGCUCCACACGAUCAUUCCUUACCUCGACUAACCCACGAAGUGAGAGGCCCUGAACUCGUGCACGUGUCAGAAAAGAACCUGUCCCAAAUAGAGAAUGUCCACGGCUACGUCCUGCAGUCUCACAUCUCUCCUCUGAAGGCCAGUCCUGCUCCUAUAAUUGUCAACACAGAUACUUUGGACACGAUUCCUUAUGUCAAUGGGACAGAAAUUGAAUAUGAGUUUGAAGAAAUUACUUUGGAGAGGGGGAAUUCUGGCUUGGGAUUCAGUAUUGCUGGAGGGACAGAUAAUCCCCACAUUGGAGAUGACCCUGGCAUAUUUAUUACGAAGAUCAUACCAGGAGGUGCUGCAGCAGAGGAUGGCAGGCUCAGGGUCAAUGAUUGUAUCCUGCGGGUGAACGAGGUGGAUGUGUCGGAGGUUUCCCACAGUAAAGCGGUGGAAGCCCUCAAAGAGGCGGGGUCUAUCGUUCGGCUCUACGUGAGAAGACGAAGACCCAUCUUGGAGACCGUCGUGGAAAUCAAACUGUUCAAAGGACCUAAAGGUUUAGGCUUCAGCAUUGCAGGAGGUGUGGGGAACCAACACAUUCCUGGAGACAACAGCAUUUAUGUAACUAAAAUUAUAGAUGGAGGAGCUGCACAAAAGGAUGGGAGAUUGCAAGUAGGAGACAGACUACUAAUGGUAAACAACUACAGUUUAGAAGAAGUAACACAUGAAGAGGCAGUAGCAAUACUGAAGAACACAUCAGAUGUAGUUUAUCUAAAAGUUGGCAAACCUACCACCAUUUAUAUGACUGAUCCUUAUGGUCCACCUGAUAUUACUCACUCUUAUUCUCCACCAAUGGAAAACCAUCUACUUUCUGGCAACAAUGGCACUUUAGAAUAUAAAACCUCCCUGCCUCCCAUCUCUCCAGGAAGGUACUCACCACUUCCAAAGCACAUGCUUGUUGAAGAUGAUUACACCAGGCCUCCGGAACCUGUUUACAGCACUGUGAACAAACUGUGUGAGAAGCCUGCUUCUCCCAGGCACUACUCCCCUGUUGAGUGUGACAAAAGCUUCCUUCUCUCAGCUCCCUACCCCCACUACCACCUAGGCCUGCUCCCUGACUCUGAGAUGACCAGUCAUUCCCAACACAGCACUGCAACCCGCCAGCCUUCGGUGACUCUCCAAAGGGCCAUCUCACUGGAAGGGGAGCCCCGCAAGGUGGUCCUGCACAAAGGCUCCACAGGCCUGGGCUUCAACAUCGUAGGUGGGGAAGACGGAGAAGGUAUUUUCGUGUCCUUCAUUCUGGCCGGUGGACCAGCAGAUCUGAGUGGGGAGCUCCAGAGAGGAGACCAGAUCCUAUCCGUGAACGGCAUUGACCUGCGUGGAGCAUCCCAUGAACAGGCUGCAGCUGCACUAAAGGGAGCUGGGCAGACGGUGACAAUUAUAGCACAAUACCAACCUGAAGAUUACGCUCGAUUUGAGGCCAAAAUCCAUGACCUACGAGAGCAGAUGAUGAACCACAGCAUGAGCUCCGGGUCCGGGUCCCUGCGAACCAAUCAGAAACGCUCCCUCUAUGUCAGAGCCAUGUUCGACUAUGACAAGAGCAAGGACAGUGGGCUGCCAAGUCAAGGACUUAGUUUUAAAUACGGAGAUAUUCUCCAUGUUAUCAAUGCCUCUGAUGAUGAGUGGUGGCAAGCCCGGAGAGUCACCCUGGAGGGGGACAGUGAGGAGAUGGGGGUCAUCCCCAGCAAACGGAGGGUGGAAAGAAAGGAGCGUGCCCGAUUGAAGACAGUGAAGUUCAAUGCAAAGCCUGGAGUGAUUGAUUCAAAAGGGUCAUUCAAUGACAAGCGUAAAAAGAGCUUCAUCUUUUCACGAAAAUUCCCAUUCUACAAGAACAAGGAGCAGAGUGAGCAGGAAACCAGUGAUCCUGAACAACAUGUUUCUUCUAAUGCCAGCGAUAGCGAAAGUAGCUACCGAGGGCAAGAAGACUUCAUUCUUUCUUAUGAGCCUGUCUUAAGGCAGGAAAUAAACUACACUCGGCCAGUGAUCAUCCUGGGCCCCAUGAAGGAUCGGAUCAAUGACGACUUGAUAUCUGAAUUCCCUGACAAGUUUGGCUCCUGUGUGCCUCAUACUACAAGGCCAAAGCGAGACUAUGAGGUGGAUGGCAGAGACUACCACUUUGUCAUUUCCAGAGAGCAAAUGGAGAAAGACAUCCAAGAGCACAAGUUUAUAGAAGCUGGCCAGUACAACGACAACUUAUAUGGAACCAGUGUGCAGUCUGUGAGAUUUGUAGCAGAACGGGGCAAACACUGUAUACUAGACGUAUCAGGAAAUGCUAUCAAGCGGUUACAAGUUGCCCAGCUCUAUCCCAUUGCCAUCUUCAUUAAGCCCAAGUCUCUGGAACCUCUCAUGGAGAUGAACAAGCGUCUAACAGAGGAACAGGCCAAGAAAACCUAUGAUCGUGCAAUUAAGCUAGAACAAGAAUUUGGAGAAUAUUUUACAGCUAUUGUCCAAGGAGACACCUUAGAAGAUAUAUAUAACCAGUGCAAGCUUGUUAUUGAAGAGCAGUCUGGGCCUUUCAUCUGGAUCCCCUCAAAGGAAAAGUUAUAAAUUAGCUACCGCACCUCUGACAACGACAGAAGAGCAUUUAGAAGAGCAAAAUAUAUAUAAUAUACUACUUGGAGGCUUUUAUGUUUUUGUUGCAUUUAUGUUUUUGCAGUCAAUGUGAAUUCUUAUGAAUGUACAACACAAACUGUGUGAAGCCAUGAAGGAAACGGAGGGGCCGAAGGGUGGGACAGAAGACACUGCAGUAUGAUGCAGGAAGGCUUUGGUUUGCUCAAGGGGCCAGGUAUAGGGAUGAACCUCUGAUGGGCUUUGUGCCCAAGAGCUGGGCAGCCUCCUCACCUAGCAGAUGUCCAGAGCUGACUUAGCCGCUGAGCUCUCUGUGUUUUUUGCUUUAAAGAAAAGUUGCCAGCACUUGAACUUCACCAACCUUCCCAUUACCUACAUCUGUAAUUGGUCCACUUCGAAUUUUAUAACUAUGCACAUCCUUUGAUUUCUUAUCAAGCAAAAGAAAGAAAGAAGGAGAAAAGAAAGGAGUCCCUUUGGAGACGGCAUAAAAUCAGGGAAGGAUAAGCAUGUAGUUUCUUUGACUGGCAUCUGCAAAGAUGAGCAUUUCAUAAAAUUUGCAAGUGUAUGGAGGACUGACCUUACUGAGAGGAGGGGAUUCUACCUGGGGUUAGCUUUAUGAUUGUUUAUUGUCUAUUUUGCCAUUUAUAAAGUGAAAGAAGGCACUAAAGAUGAGAAUAAUUUAUACAAUAAAAAUAUAUUAAAUGUAUAGAAACAAAUUUCUAUAGGUUAAAAAAGUUUUGUGAAAUAUUUUGUAAAGACUAAUCAAUUGAAAGACAGACUGUAUGCACUAUCCGCAGGUGAUCGAAUGCAAGAACUGAAAGUUGCACUCUCCCUUCUGUUGCCAAUGACCCAUUAAGAGCAUCUGAAUUCCUUCCAAAGUCUGACACAGCCUUCUCCCCAACUUACCUCCCGUGAUCCACCUUCCCUCUUAGCAAUGCACUCACACGGAGCACAUCCUUUAAUGAGUUGCCCUCAUGGAUAUUUUUGGAAGACAUUUGGUUAAUGCAUUUUUAAGCUGAUGGCUUUCAAACUCAUGCACAGGAGCUAAAGGGAAGUUUUUGCUUUCCUCUUGUUAAACAACCUGGGCCUGCUCUGCAAGUAGUUGAAUAACUUUGUUCCUAGUUACUUACAUACAAUUCUUAAAGGAUCAUCUAGUAUUUUGGCCAGCCGUGAGUAAUUAGGACAUUUUUUUUUGUCUGUUUCACAAAUAACUGAGGUUUUAUAACAGCCAGAGAUGGCGUAGAAUCAUGGCGAAAUCUGUCCCACAAGGCACUAUUUCUUUGAGGAAGAGAGAGAGAAGGGAAGUAUCUGGUUGGAGUAUAAGGGUUGUGGACUUGUUUCUGUGUGCAGGGAAAGAAGACAGAACCAUAGGGAAAACCAGUUAAUGACUUUGAGCUCAACCAAUUGAACUGCCUUUCUUCGGGGCGGCACCUGGACCAAGUUUAUUUUUUAACAAUUAUAAUAAUGAUGACUAAUGGAAAAGAAAAAGAAACCUCCUGAAGCCUAAAUCCUAGGUUAGGGCUGAGUGACAUUGGCUUUGCCUGUGCCCAAGGUGUUUAGAGAGAGACUUUUCUGUGAUCUCAAUAACCACUCAACUCUGGGUUCUAUGCAGGCCCAGACUAAGCCCCAUCGCCUUAUUUCUGGGGUACAUCCAGACCUGGCAGGGACUCUGCCACACUGUGCAGCAAACCAGCAUGCAGGCUGGGAUGGGAGAGCAAGAGACAGAGCCAUCAGCAGUGAUGGGGCUUCUUCACAGUAAGAACAUCAGAGCUCAGACCAAGGGUCUCUUUCCAAAAGCAGGCAUUGUUCAUCUUACAGUAAAUGCCACUCUGCCUGGCUACAGUCACCAAAACAAACACAAAGAAAGCAAAAUUGUGCACCUGCCUUGUAGUCUUGAGGCUGCCUUUGCCAAUGGAAGGGCUGGCAAUGUAUUUGCCCUCUGAUGAAAGUUAAAUUUCUAAAAAUGUCCUUAGAUUGCUCAAAAUGUUAAAGAUGUGACCGUGUUUGCCAUUUGCCGGUUAGUUUCAGGUCAAGGUCUACUUUCAUCAGUAUUGCUCCCAGGAGUUUUCUGCCACCAGAAUGCCAUUCCUGAUCCCAGCUCUAUUUUUAGGCCACCAUGAUAACUUCUUUGGUUUCUCAACUGAGCAUGCAACCAUUUAUUUAGAGGACUGUCAUUAAUGAGUAGAUGUUUCCGCGGGUCUUGUGAUGUGCUUUCCGUUUACUAUUAAGUAUUGCCGUGGCUGAGUACAAUCAAAUUGAACCACCAACCCUUGGUUUUGUAGUAAUAUAAUUAUUUAUUUUCCUAGUGUAGAUGCUUUCAGAUUAGAAUUGGCAUUUGCACUGAUUUUUUAUGUAGAUUUAUAUAAAUAUAUAUACAUAUAUAUUGCUUGAAGAAUCACCAAGCAAAUUGGUGAGAGGGUCUUUUCCUAUAGAACUUACACCUCUGUUUGUUGUGUUGUCUUGCGCUUCCCCAUGUUGAGGUCUCUAUGGCUCCAAUGAACUGGUGUAUUUUGCAGUAAACCUGACAACUGGUGUGGAAAUGGCACGAGAGUUACCCAGAUGACAUCUGGUGCAAAUGCACCUGGAGCCUGGGGCCAGACUGGUGCUAACACUGCAAACUUUGUCCGGAGCUCUCUCCACCCUGAAGGCUUGCUGGGGGCACAAUGUCACCUUCACAUGCUGGGCCCUUUCGGGAAAGUGCCAGAUCGUGUCACUGGUGCUAUUUUUCAUGCUCUGGUACAAUGUGUAGCACCACGGGGGGGUCUCAGCUUUACCAAAUUCAAAAUCCCAUUUGUCAGCUAAUUGCAGGGGCAUUUGUUUUCGCUCUUCUCCCUUGGGAUUUGUUGGCCCUCUCUUUGCAGGCCUUUCCUCCCAGCCCCAAGUUUAUGGGUUGGCUUUCUCUGUUCAGUGAGCCCACCUUGAUGAAGCCGCACUCAGGUGUCUGUGAGCUGUCUUAGAUCCUACUGCCAGCCCUUCAGGACUCCAAGCCAGGGAACGGCUCUCGCUGCCCUGGCUCCCACCUCUGGUUCUUUCUCAUUCUCCCUCUGCUUUCCCCUUCCUCUUUCUAUCCCACCCCGUAGCUCUUUUUGUUACCUCGCCUUUUAUCCUUUCUUCCUGUCUUCUCUAAGUUGUUGACUUUCCUAUAACUCUCCUUUACUCCCUCCCUUUUGUUAUUCAUCUCUAUUCUCUACUUGAUUCUCAGUCUUUCUCCUUCUUACUCCUCUGUCCCCUCCUUCACCCUCCUUUCUCUUUUUCUCACUCCUGAUCAUCUCCUCUCCCAUACCCCACCUCUUCACUUUUUUGUCCUAUAAGGGCUCAUGGCUGAUUCUGACAGCAAGUCCAUAGGCUGGACUAAUGACACAACUACUUCGGGUCACCGUUUCACUUACGCAGCCCAGAAAGCAAAGCUGAGCGUGAGGUCCUGACCUGGAGCAGCUCCAGCCCAGGAGCCAGCCUGCACCACUGCCCGGCAGUGACGAUGCAUGUGCUCUGGGCUCUGCUGGCACCUGGGUGCCCCUCUGCCAGGAGGCUGGUCCAAAGUGAGCCCACUCCCAGCACCACCCUGUGGCUCUAAGGACACUUCCUUUCAAUAAAGGCAGACGCUGGCCCCAACAAUUAUUCUGACAGCAAAACUCCUCCUCAUUGAAGCCAUGCCAUCGCCUUGAUUUGGAGAGAGACAUAUUUUUCCCAUUCAUAAGCUUUCUUUUUCCCAUAUUUAUGUGAAGCCCCCCUCUGCUUUUCAACUGGUGAUUGCUCUAGUGAGAUUGAAUGGACUCGCUGGUGAAAUAACAUCUCUUUUUUUCCUGUUUUGGUCCUGCCCAAAUUCAUACAAAAUUAUUUAAGUCAAGGACUCAAGCUAGUUCCUAAGUUUAUAAUAGUAAUUUGUCACUCUUAGGGGGAAAGGGGACACAUUUCCCUUCAAAUAUACGGAGUACCUCCUGUGACAACGGAUUUGUCAGAGGACUCCCCUAGAGAAUUCUGUGGAUGUACAUUUUAUUUAGGCAUAUGUAUGGUAUAUGUGGUAUGUAUAUGCUGUAUACACAUACUACAUUGGGUAUGAAUGAAUGUGGAUGGACGGAAACCCACCCACACACUCCAGUCUGUAAAUAUUCUUCCUCACUGAAAAGUGUGCUUUGGAAAUAAUGUCUUGUACAGCUGUGCAGUUUCUUGUAACAGCUGAGGACAAGCUAAGACAGGUGGACGAUUUAGACAAAGAUCAUCCAAAAGAUAGAAUUCAGGAUUCCCCUAGCAACUCAUGAGGACAGACAACCAAAUGGCAAUGUUGACACCCAAUGGGAUGGCAAACUUUUCUUCUCUCCCUUUCGAAUUUGUGUUUCCUAAGUGUGUCUUCACUUCUGAGUGCACCAGGCUGUACCCGUUAGAGCCUUUCGAUAUGAGUGUUGCGCUUCUCUCUGACGGACGCUCCUCUGCCAAGCUGUAGUGCGGGAGGGAGAGAGGGGAAUCGCUCCUCGCCGGGGCCGGGGUUACAGAGACACUGCACAGCGUACACUCCUGUUAAGUGUAAAUAUUCGACACUUCCAUUCCAUUUGUGUAAAAAAUAAAGCACACACGAUUAUAAAAUCAA